AUGGCAGGCGUUGGAGCGAGAUGUCAGAAAAGGCUGCGGCAGGAGAACGCGUGCCCCGACGCGCAGGUCGCGCGCGUAUGGCCACCUGACACCGCACUCCCCCGCCUCCGGUGUCCCCACGGCGUGUAUGCAAACGUGAAACACGCCGUGUGCCUGGGCGCAUUGCCGGUGUUCCACAGCGCCGUGAAGAAGGACAACAAGGCGGCGGCAUCCUCGUCGUCGGCGAAGCCCGCCAAUGCCGGCAGUGGGAAGCAGCAGCAGAAGAAGAAGAACUGGAGCAAGGGGAAGCAAAAGGAGAAGGUCAACAACGCCGUGCUGUUCGACCAGGCCACCUACGACAAACUGCUGUCCGAGGCGCCCAAGUACAAGCUCGUCACCCCCUCCGUCCUCUCUGAGCGCCUUAGGAUCAAUGCGUCCCUUCAUGGCGUGCCUGGAGGGAGGGGCAUCAAGGACCUGAUGGCAAGGGGGCUCGUGAGGGAGGUGUCCCUUCAUGCCAGCCAGCAGAUUUUCACCAGGGCUACCAAUGUACCAUCGAGUUAGUUAUAUUUGCUAGUGGCGUUUUUCUAGUCCAGCACUAGGCUAAUAAGAAAAUGAGUUGUAGAUUAAUAAA